UCUCAUUCUCCAGUCUGCCGGUGUUUUGUGUGUGUGUGUGUGUGUGUGUCGUUUGCGUCUCGGUGGAUCAAGUAGGUCAUGUUUUCGGAUACGAGGAAAGAUCGUGCGCUUUUCUUUUAAUCGCGUACUAAUGGAGCGGGCGCGGAUCUGAGCCCGUUAUCCCGGACAGAGACCCGCUUUGUUCGGCCAAGCGAGACACGGAACGCGUCUGCCACCGAAAUGAACGACUCGGAGAGAGAUAACAAAUCUGAUGAAGACUCGGAGUCCCUGGAGGAAGAGGAGGUCGACCCGAGGAUUCAGGGAGAGCUGGAGAAACUGAACCAGUCUACGGAUAACAUCAACAGAUGGGAGACGGAGCUGGAGGACUCCCGGCAGAAGUUUCGCGCCGUCCUAGUGGAGGCCACGGUCAAGCUGGACGAGCAGGUCAAGAAGAUCGGUAAAGCCGUGGAAGACUCCAAACCGUACUGGGAGGCCCGGAGAGCGGCGCGCCAGGCUCAGGUUGAAGCUCAGAGAGCCACGCAGGAGUAUCAGCGGGCCAUCGAGAUCCUCCGGGCGGCGAAGGAGACCAUCGCUCUGGCCGAGGAGCGUCUGCUGGAGGAGGACAGCCGGCAGUUCGACUCGGCCUGGCAGGAGAUGCUCAACCACGCCACCCAGAGGGUGAUGGAGGCGGAGCAAAGCAGGACGCGCAGCGAAAUCGAGCACAGAGAAACGGCGGCCAAAUACAACGCCGCCAUGAGCCACAUGAGACAACUGGAGAAAAAACUCAAACGCACCAUCAACAAGUCCAGGCCGUACUUUGAAUUAAAGGCCAAGUAUUAUCUACAGCUCGAGCAACUAAAGCGGCGUGUGGAUGAGCGUCAGACUAAACUCACCCAGGCCAAAGCCGAGUAUCGCGCGGCCCUUCGUAACCUGGAGACCAUCUCAGACGAGAUCCACGCGCGGCGCCGCCUGUCCGCCAUGGGGCCCCGGGGCCGAGGCGUGGGCGCUGAAGACGACGGGGCCGCCGCCGAUGACAUCGCCAACUUCAAAAUGGAGUCUGACGGCAUAUCGAUGAUGUCCGUGAGUUUGGAGGACAGCUGUAACGGCUCACCGUCAGAAGACGAUCCUGAGACCCGGUCCACCUGCAGCGUGAGCUCCACGUCUGCUCCCCUCGACCUGCCCUGCCCCUACACCUCCUCCUCCUCCUCCUCGUCCUCCUCCUCGUAUCCUCUGCUCUCUUCCUCCUGCCCGUACCCUUCGUCUUCCUCCUCGUCCCUCUCUGCGUGUCCUGACCUGCUCCAGCUGCCGGGCUCGGGCUCUCUGGAGGGCUUUGAGCAGGUGUCUCCGGUGCUGGGCCCUCGUAGUGAGUGCAGCGGGGCCUCGUCGCCCGACUGUGAACAGGAAAGAGGUGAGAGAGCGGAAGGAGCAGAAGUUAAACCUGGCUCUUCAAACAACAUCAGCAGCCGGAAAAGCUCACGCCUGGAGAAGAGCCUGCGCAGUUUAUCUCUCCAGACCGCAGACGACAACGACACAGACGCUCAUCCCUUCACUGUGACCUCAAACGCAGCGGCGGCGCUGCUUCUCAACAGUGUUUAAACCCCAGGGGCCAAAGCGGGGGUCAAAGGAGCCAUCGUGAGACUGUUAUCCUCUCAGUGUUACAGAGAGCUCAUCUCAGACUGGUCUGAACCCAGAAGAACCACAAAGUAUUAGAAGCGUCAUGCGGACAUCAGCUAUGAAGUGACCUAUCAUCACCGAGCGGAUGUUCUCCGUGUCCUCCUCAAGUGUGUUGUUCGUAUUUUCUGUCUUUUGCCUUUGCGUCUCACUAGCUGAUUCAAAACUGGCUGCAUUUUGGUGAGUUAGAUUGGAUGCAACCACUGAUUGUGUAAAUGAAGAUCGGCUUUGUGACGCCAGCACUUGUUUUCCUGCCAUCUACUCUAUGUUUUCCUCUCCACGGGUCGUAGCGUAAAGAGGGACUCGUGUGGUUCAAAGCUAUAUAUUUAUACUCAACGUUUAGCUGGUUAUCCUGAUGUUAUCGACGUGUUUUCAUGCCAGGAAGUUCUUAUUUGUGUAAUAAACAGAUGCUCACAGCACGGGUCUCUUUUCAACGUUACGAUUUUACACAGAACAGAACAAAACACGCUCUUGAGAUCUUACCGGACCUCAUGAACAAGGCCUCGGUCUCCAACAAUAAUGACUGAAUUUCACGGAACAGAAAAAAGAAAAUAAUUACAAUUAAGAAAUUGUAAUAAAUGAUGAAAACAAGGAAAGGAAACAUUCCAUCUAGCGUUAUGAAUGGGUUUUAAAACGUGUUUUAUUACAGUGUAUGUAUAAACACAAAAAUCAAAGAAAUAAAACAUUAAAAUAAAGACAUAAUAAACACCUUAAGGGACUGUAAAAA